UGCCUAUAUUAAACCAGUUAAUGUAACGUUCUAUAAAGAUAAUGUAACCAUAUCCUCCUCCCCUACCGACUCACUCACUUUGGGUGCAAGUGUGGGAAUGGCCGGUACAUACAGAUGUAAAGCAUUCCAGCCAACAGAAUUUAAUCAUUACGCUCCAUAUUCAUCUCCUGAUAUAGCCAUAACCAUCCAAGAGCUGUUUCCCAGGCCAGAGAUCAGAGCGGAUAAAGAUGGGGUACAGGGGGGAGAUGUACUGACCCUAUCCUGCCAUACGGCCCUUAAUCCAGCCAGAGGCGCUACACAGCUACAGUUUGCUUUCUACAGAAAUGGGCACAAUGUGCAGGGAUUCAGUUCUUCCAGUAAUUACACCAUCCAAUCAGCUCGGCCUCAGGAUUCUGGGAAUUAUACCUGUGAUACAGCAGCUCCAUCAGUCAGUGUGACGAAGGGGAGCCCAGGCAUAUCCAUCCACAUACACGGUGAAUAUGAAGUGCUGAUAGGUAGUAGUGGAAGGCUGGACAAUCAAACUUCACACAGUCCAAGCUCUACAAGAGAUGAUGGUCAAUCUGAUUACUUCAACUAUUUCACCAGAGGCCCCCAUGAUGAAGAAGAUAUUUCUUAUGCUGCACUUGACUUCAAACAUAUGCAGAAAGGUCAGUUUCAGGACCAAACAUAUGUCUGGUUGUACAAUGCACUGCCACCAUGGGGCAGGCAAUCCUGA